AUGUACGGCAGGUGUAACCGUGUGAGUCUGUUGACUCCAUGGGAAUUGACCGACUAUGUCUACAACUACAGAAGUCCACUUGCCUGGCGCCAGUUUAGAGAGUGUUCCAGUGGACCUAGCAUUCGGGAGCAUAAAGAUUACUACGACAUUCUUGGUGUGAAGAAGGAUGCUACUCAAGAGGAAAUUAAAGCUGCUUUCUAUACGAAAUCGAAACAGUUACACCCAGAUAAGGGAAGUAGUGCAGAAUCCAGUAAACACUUUGUCGAACUAAAGUUAGCUUAUGAUGUACUGCGUCGACCGGCCCAGCGACGAGCGUAUGACAUGCGAGAGAGAAAGCAAAGCUAUGAGAAACUCCAUUUGCACGCAAGAGAUCGUAGACUUUCCAAGCUUGUGGAUGAACACGAAAUAGCCAGGUCCUUUAUGAGGCAGCCAGAAUUUAGGGAUAGUUUUCCGGACACACUUGAGAUUCAUGAACUUGGUCGAAUUCUGAAAGGAGAUGUGGAUGAAGCAUGGAGAAGAAAACAGGAGGGCUUGGAAGAAAAAAAUCCCAAUGAAAUACGCGAAGAAUACAGGUGGAUGCGUGCUGUACAAGACGCUGACCGUGGACGUCGAAUUAAAGCAGAAAAGCGUCUAAGGGAGCAGUCGUCUGUAGCAGGAUCCAAACCUGCAAAUGGAAUUCCAAAACUGGAUUCCAGAUGA